CUCUUUCUCUCUUACCUCCCCUUCCGCGUUGAUAAGGUGCGCGACGAGUUCAGGGAAAGACGCUCUUAUCCCUCGAUCGCGAUGAAGGCAUAGUCGAUGCGCGACUGCCACAGUGACGACGACAGUGACGACGACGACAGUAUCGCUACAUUUUCCACGCAUAUCUCUCAUGAUUGAGACGAGAAGGAAAACGUGAAACAGUCGAAUAUAUUUGUUGUCACGAGUGGAAGAGGUUCUUUCCGGCGCGAGAACGAAAUCGACGACUUGACCGCGUAGAAUUUACUCCAGCGUAGAUCUUACCUCACGAUCAACGCAGAUCUCAGCCGAUUGUGAUGACGAGAAGCGCCUUAUUCUGUUUACUGGUGCUAUUAUUCUCAUUGGCGUCAUUGAGAGACGUUACCCCGUAUCUGUCGGAGAUUCUCGAGGACGAGGAUGGUCUUGAACAACAACUUAAAAGUUCGUGGCCGUUUUUCGGUCAGCUAAAUACGGAGGAGAAUGAUCUCGCAUCUCGACGGGAAGAAGCUCUGCAAAAGAUACAAGAGAUCCUCGGCAUUCGGAGUCAAAGCGAGAAUCUGGUUCAUCGCAAAGUGCCGCCGCAAUUCAUGAUAGAGCUUUACAACACCAUCGUCGAUUCCAGCGGUGUCGCGCAAGGUCGGAAUCCCUACAAUGCCAAGGUCGUUCGCAGUUUCAUCGAGCGGGAAUCCAGCUCUUUGUCAUAUUUUUACUUCUUCAACAUCUCGGGUCUGGAGGUGAACGAAUCAGUGUUGGAGGCCGAGCUACACUUGUAUCGGAAGAAAAUGCCUCUGAAGAAUCUGCGUCCGUCGACACUUACGUCACCCUGUUAUCUGAUAAGAGUGUACCAAGUCUUGAAGGAUCGCAGUCUUGACGUCCCGGAUUUUCAUCGAUUGCUAAACGUUCGUUGCGUUGGUGCGCACGAUUCAGGCUGGCAGGUAUUCAAUGUGAAACACGCUGUUCUCGAAUGGAUAAACGGAGCGCCGAAUUUGGGUCUUUUGGUGACGGCGUCGACCUUGCUCGAAGACCAGGUAGCGGUGGAGUUUUCGCGUCGAAAGGAUUAUCAUCACAGCAAACAGCCGAUACUGGUGCUUUUUAACGAUGACAAGGGUGAUCGCAAACAAUCCGGAAUAACGAACGUCGCGCCUCGCUACUAUGCUUACGCCAACCAAGAAUACCAGUUAGAAAAUGCCCAACAGGCGGAAGAGACGAGCCACGUAAGGACGAAAGCGAGAAACGAGAAAAUGGAUCCGGAAAACAAAUACGACAGCGUGGAGCAUUACAGAAGACACAAGCAACGUGGUCAAUCGGAGGAGGCACGACCGGAAAACAGACCGGGCGAGUCGGAGCUUUUUCAGAGGCGCAAGAGGAGACGCGACAAGGGAGAAGAGCCGGCGGACGGUAGUCUUCCUCGCUACGACGGACCGUCGGAACGGGAAGCCGGAGCUCUGAGGCUGGAGGUAACGAGCGGACGCCGUCGUCGUGACGUCGCGUCGACGAAGAAACACUCGUCCAAGAUCGUAUCGUCGAGGGACACGAGAAUCGCGAGGAUUCUCACGUCUAUGGACAUCUACGAGAGAGCGGUGUUUCGAGAGGGCCUCGGGCAAACGGUGCGCGGCAGGUCGACGAGACGAUCGAUCGCGCGAAAAUAUCGAUCGAUGCGAUCGACGAUGAGCGGUCACAACGCGACGAUUUCUGUGCAGAACAGCACAGCGAACGGCGAGUGCGCCAGACACGAGCUCUACGUGGAUUUUCGCGAUAUUGGCCUGUCCUCUUCUAUCAUCGCACCGCCCGGCUACUCCGCUUAUCAGUGUAAAGGUGUCUGCGAACCGCCGCUCCGGCAAGACCAACAGCCGACGAAUCAUGCGACGAUACAGGCGAUCGUGCACAAAAUGGGCUUGGUAAAGGACGUCGGGAGACCCUGCUGCGUGCCGACGAAGCUGCUCAGCACCAGCAUUCUUUUCUACGACGACAACGAGAACGUUGUACUGAAGAUGCACGAAGACAUGAUCGCGGAUCGCUGCGGAUGUCGUUGAAGGGAAUCUGCCUCAGACCUGUUGCUGCUCUCCAACGAUCAUUCGCGCGCGGGAAGAUGAGGAAGGAAAUGCUUCGUACCAUCGCGCCUGUUAGCAAAUUUACGAAGAAUAGAACGCCGAUAGUCGCGCUCGUAUUCAAUCAACUGUCUCAAUGGUCUCAAUGUUUCGUAUCUUGGAUCAAAAGACUAUGUUCGCGAGUUAAUUCCAGCAGUACUCGAUUGUUUAUUUUCUCUUCUGAACUUCUCUCUCCUCGGAGAAAAGUCGGAUCUUUCGAAAUUUGUAAUGAAAUUGUUGAAUGUAAAAGUGACGAAAAAGAUUUCUCCAAGAUUCUUCAGAUAAUGUUACAAUCGCAGUCAUUAGUGGAUUGAUGAAAAGUGCUUGUUAGUAUUCAGUCAUUCUCGAAGACUUAGCCGACGAUGAUCUUUAAUCGUUAUACCGUGCGUAACUACCUUUUGUAUAAGAACAUUCCCAACUGUGCGUAGUAUGAGAUGUAUCAAUGAAUAUGUGUCUAUAUUAGUACACAGUUAAGUCAUAGCGCCGUUAAAUUAUUGUUAUAAUUAUAAACAAGGGAUUUGGUUGAUUUAUUCAAUUGCGUGUACACACACACACACACACAAGCGCGCGCGCACGCGCCCAUACGCACAUAUGCACAUACACACAUGAUUUGUGCGGUUAAUGUUAUACCAUUGCUUUAUUUAUAUCUAAUGUAAAACGUAAUGGAAAUAAAUAAUGUUAAAAUAAUGGG